ACCCUUGACUGUAUUUCAGAAAAGUGUGAGGAGUAAGAUCCUGUCUGGCUAAGGUAUAGGUUUCCAAACCUAGAUCCUUUGUUCUGAAACCAAAGACCUUGCCCUGGGGAAGGGUGUGAAGUAGUACAAGCAACAAGAUGGAGUCUCACCCAGCAUCCUUUUUUGUUUUGUUUUUGUUUUUUAGCAGCUUGAUACCCUGGGCCUAAAGCAAGGUUGGGUGCUUUAGCCUAGGGUUCUCCAGAAUGAUUUCUAAUGAGAAUUGGAAAGAGAUGUUGGCAGCAACCAUGGAAGGCAGCAAUGAGAAAGUGGCUGCCAGUCUGGCUCCCUGGUGCCACAGAUAGGUCUUUGGAGACCUUGUCUUCACUGCUGGAGAUACAGAAGGACACCAUUGGUCAGGCUGCCUUAUGUCUAAACAGACCAGGUCUACAUGCAGCCCUAAAAGAUAGAACAAAAUGCCAAACCAAAUGGCACCCCGUACCCCAGAGUCUGCCUGUUCCACCUACUUGUGGGGGAACCAGUUUCUACUCAGCAGCUGAGGUCUUAGGAGGAAUUCUAGCCAUAGGGAAGCCAGUACCAAGUGAGAAUAUGCAGCCAACCUCCGAUAUCUCUUGUUUGGAAAACAGCAGAAUGGUUAGCAGAGAUGAUGCACCAGGCAAGCAGAGAUGAGGGGUGGGCCUAAGACUGAGAACCUAAAAGAAAAAGUCCUGCUCUUAAAAGACCUCAUGCACUAGCCAUAUCUUGUUUCACAACAGUGUAUCAGGGACUUGCAGCCAAGUCGGUAGCCGUGGUGGUAAGGACUGUCAUCAGGGUAGGUUUAGGGUACUACUGAGAAGCUAUGACCACUUUGGUACAAGGAUGGGGUCAAUAAGAGCCUCUCCUAGAGAGGGAACCCCUAGGGCUGUGGGGCCCAGAGUGAGAAGAUAGGAAAUAAGGUUGACUUUAUGGGCACAUGCUCACACAAAUGUAUACACACACUCAAUGGUGGUGGUAUUUUGAUGUGCACACCCACACAUUGACUUGCCUGCUGGUUAGGAUCGGGUCAAGAUGGACCCCACUUAUUGCCCUUGGCAGUGUAGUCUGAGUUUUUCCUAUACUGGCUGGAGCUCCUCCAAAACCUGGUCCCUCUGUCAGCAGGGAGUUGACUCCCCUGAGGUCAGGCCUGGGAGAAGCCUAAUAGAUUCCUAAGGUCUCACAGCAUACUUGCCUCUGGACAUUGACUGCUCACUGGGGAGCCUUGGUGACCUCAGAGCUUGGAUAUUCCCAGGAGCCCUCUGAAGGUUGUUCCCAGAGCAUCUGAGACUCCAGCUUCCUAGAGGCAGCUUGUGACACAGAGUCACACUCUACACGGAACACGUGGACUUUGCCCUCAGCAGCUCUUCCUCUUCAGCACCUCAUGCCCUCUACAGGACCCUUCAGAGGACACCCUCCUUAAGUACCCACCUCCUCUCUGGACCUUCAUUUUCCUUUGAGCCCCUAAUUCCCUGGGCCCCAUUUUUAAUUACUAGUAACCAUAAGAAUUAGGCAGGAGAACCUCAAUUCUUCCAAUGCUCAGGCCCCCUUCCUCUGAUAGGACAUUGUCCUCAGGUUCCCACAAUCCCCCAUAUCUUAGCUCCCUUCAAAGUUGGCCUUGAUCAUAAAGAUACCUAAGAGCAAAAUUGUGGCAGCCUUUGGGGAUCUGGACCAUUGGGUGGUCAGUGGGUACUUUUGGGUAGUUGAGUACAGCUAUUCCUUCUAUCCUCAUGAGGUCCCUCCCAGCAACAUCUCCCCACAAUCCUAUGUGGGGGCUCCCAUCUCAGGACCCCACAAUUCAUUGUGCUUGGCCAGAAGACAACUAAAUCUCGGGGAUAGGGAAGAACUGGCUUGGCCAAAGUGGGCAGAGAAGAGAAAAGACCACCGGUGUUAUUGUGUCUGGUCAGCAAGACCAUCUCAGCUCAAUGGCCCUGGAGCAGGCCAAGGACUGCCUAUGCGCCUGCUCACAGCGUCCAGUUCAUCCCACUCCAGUGUGGCACUCCCUACCCCAUCCCUAGACACUCCUUGUCCAUCAACUGUUUUUUACCAACACAUCUACUGUGUCACCUGGGCAAAGCUUCUCGAGAUUCCAUCUUUCCAAGAACACCUGAUCCUUCCUGAAGUCUGGAACAAUCAGCCAGCUCCUGGAUGAACACACACAUCGUACCUUCCAUUCCCACGUACACAGAAGAGGUGCGCCAGCUGGACCGGUACCACAGAAGGCUGUUGGCUGCUGGCCUGUGGAGGAACACCUGCCAGGUGGAGCAUAGGCUGGGCCGGACCUGAAGGAGGGGGAACAAGUCAGCCUAGAGGCGCAGAGCUUUGCUGUGACCAGGGAAGAGGAUCAUGCCCAGGAACUGCUGACUCCUGGCUACCAGCUCAGAAUCAUGUCAUCAGGCCCGCGGGUGUGGUAUACAGCUCACCGCCAGAGCAGCUCCACAGCCACGGUGCCCAGGUCGCCCGGCCCAGUUGGGAGCCCCAGGUCGCCCGGCCCAGUUGGGAGCCCCAGGUCCCCUGGCUCAGUUGGGAGCCCCAGGUCCCCCAGUACUCCUGGCUCAGAGAAGGUGGCCUCCCCACUAGAGUGUUCCAUCUGCUUCUCAGGCUAUGACAACAUCUUCAAGACACCCAAGGAGCUCUCCUGUACUCAUGUCUUCUGCCUUGAGUGUUUGGCUAGGCUGGCAGCUGCCCAGCCUGCAGGCCAUCCUGGCAGAGAAGCUGUACCCUGCCCAUUCUGCCGGCAGCCCACCACUGUACCUGCUGCUGGGGCUCCUGCGCUGCGUACCAGCCGUCAGCUGCAGGCCAAGAUGCCAGUGCACUUGCAGAGAGAGGAGCCCGUGUGGCUUGAGGGCACCAAACUGUGUUGCCGCCCCUUGUCCACUACUUCUGGCCAAGGGGCCAGUGACUUUGUGUGUGUGGAUGUAGGCCUGAGCAAACCAGCGGAACCCACACUGCCUGCACCUGUCCAGGACCCCCCUGAACCCAGGCGAGGCUGGCUGGCCCGCUGCUGGACACGGUUUGGAGACUGGCGUCAGGUAGCACUGAUUUCUGUGCUGUUGCUGUUGUUAUUUUGUGUGGUCCUCUGGCCUGUGCACUGUGCAUUCAAAACUGGAAAUCUGCGCUGCAUUAACCGGCCAUCUGUAGUCACUGCCACUGUCACUUCGACUACUGACACGCUCUUUUUUGGGCUCCUAGCCAACAAAUAGGGUCAACACUUCAUUCAGGCCAACUGUCCCGCUUGCUCCAUGGAUGGAUCCUGACCUAACAAGGUCAAGGACACAGCAGCUUUGGGAGUUGGUUUCCCAGAACCAAAGACACGUAUGUGUCCCUCACUCUCUAGGGCUAGGUGCCAAUAGGAAGAAAAAGGUCUUCAAAGCCUCUAAGAAAUACAGGCGUCUAAGGGCUCCAGAAACUGCCCUCUGACCCUGUCAUACAGAUGGGGAAAGGAACCCAGGACCUUCCUGGACACACCGAAGUCCCCAAAAGGCAGAAGUUUGCCAUCCUUUUUUUUUUUUUAAUUAAAUUUAUUUAUUUUAUACCCUGACUGAAGUUUCCUCCCCCGCUCCCUUCUUUCUCAAGACAUUUUACCAGGGUCUUUCCUAGUUCCUUUCUUUGGGAAGGGCUGGACCCUUCCACUCAGUGGAGACACUG